AUGACAAGAACAGCUCUAAUCGUAGUUGACGUACAAUACGAUUUCUUACCCCAUGGUUCACUAGCUAUACCUGACGGGGAUCGUAUCUUAUCACCCAUCAACAAGUUAUUGGAUGUGGAGGAGGGAUGGGAUUGGACAAUUGUCGUCGCUUCCCAGGACUAUCAUCCCCCAGGUCAUAUUUCCUUCGCUUCUACCCAUGAUGCACAACCUUUCACCUCGAGAAUAGUCACCGACGUACAUGACAGAACGUACGAACAGAUGAUGUGGCCUGAUCAUUGUAUUGUAGGUACUCACGGGGUGGAGAUACAUGAGGAUGUGAAUGAAUGUUUGAGGUGUUGGAAAGGAGAGAAGAGGAUUGCAUGUCACAAAUGUCUCGAAGCCUAUUCUGCUUUCGAAGGAUAUCUCCUUGCUCCUGAAUCUACCACUUCCUCUGACACAACUCCCGACCAACCAGUCGAUCCUCCCGUCUCCUCAAGAGAAACGGAACUCGCCAGAUAUCUGUUUCUGAACCGAAUCCAAAAAGUAGUCGUCGUUGGUCUAGCUUUAGACUAUUGUGUUAAAUCUACCGCUUUGUCUUCACUCGAAGCAGGGUUUCCAACAGCGGUCUUCCUGCCUGGAACGGCGGGUACCAGUGUCGAAGGGGAGACGACGGCGAUAUCCGCGGUGAAAGAAAAGGGAGGGGUGGUGGUGAUUGAGAAAGAAUUAAGAAAAUGGAUACAGUGA